AUGUCGUCUACAAACUACAAUCCGCCCUCGCGCGCCACCCGGCUAGAAAAAGCUAUCACCAACCCCGGUGCUGUGAAGAUUAAUGUUAAGGGUGCUUUCAUUGUCGACGAAGAUCCGCGAUCCAAGAGUCCCGUGAGAUUGGAUGGUGUGCACUAUGAAGGCCAUGAUAUCCGGCUUCCCCAUCACACUGGAGUAGUGAGCCAUGUUGCUGUCGACAUCGGUGGUUCUCUUGCGAAAUUAAUUUAUUUUACACGAGAGCUGGACUCCGUGGAUAAUGGCGGCCGAUUGAACUUUAUCAAUUUCGACACUCAUCGCAUAGAUCUGUGCAUCAACUUCAUAAAAGAACUGAAAGAAGAAUACCAGAAAGCCCACGGUCCUUCCAGCGAUGAGCUAUGUGUUGUGGCGACCGGAGGCGGCGCCUUCAAGUAUUACGACAAGCUGAAGGAGACACUGAAAGUGAAUAUCAUACGCGAGGAUGAGAUGGAAUGCCUCAUUACUGGACUCGAUUUCUUUAUCACUGAAAUACCGAACGAAGUCUUUACCUACAGCGAAACCGACCCGAUGCAAUUUGCCGAGGCCCGACCGGACGUUUACCCGUACCUAUUAGUCAACAUUGGCUCCGGUGUAUCCAUGAUCAAAGUGUCGGGCCCUAGGCAAUACCAGCGUGUGGGGGGUACCCAUCUGGGUGGCGGCACCUUCUGGGGCAUCAUGUCGCUCCUGACUGGUGCUCGGACCUUCGACGACAUGCUGGCGAUGGCGGACAGCGGUGAUAACAGUGGGGUAGACAUGUUAGUUGGCGAUAUCUACGGCAUGGACUAUAACCGGAUCGGUCUGAAGAGCACUGCGAUUGCUAGCACAUUCGGCAAGGUCUUUCGAUUGAAGAAUGAUGUGCACGAAGAGGAUGGAGAAGACAAACCCCACGGUGAAGAUGGACAAACCAAUGGUGAAGUUACGUUCAAGCCUGAGGAUAUGAGCCGAAGCCUUCUUUAUGCCAUCAGUAACAACAUCGGACAAAUCGCAUAUCUGCAGUCCGAGAAGCACCAAGUGAAGCACAUAUACUUCGGUGGGUCGUUCAUCCGAGGCCACCGGCAAACCAUGAACACACUAUCCUACGCUAUCCGGUUCUGGUCCAAAGGCGAAAAGCAAGCCUACUUCCUGCGCCACGAAGGCUACAUUGGCGCCGUCGGGGCCUUCCUCCGCAGACAGCCAGCCAACUGGGGUCGCAGGAAUAGUCUCGACGGUAGUGCCAUGCCACAGGAGCUCAGGAGUAGCUCUAGUUGA